GCAGACAAGGUGGUGCCUACCUUUCAUGUGGAAAGCUGCCUUACAAAAUCUGAGGUUGCUUUUUCCAUUAUCCCAGAGCUUUUCUAGCCUCAUGAAGGCUUUGGUGGAUGCUCCAGGAGUUAAAGUCUGUUUGUUCUUCACGAAAUGUGUUUAGCUCCUUCCUUUUCCUCUUGCUUUGUGCUGCUUUUGGAACAAGAAUGGGUCAACUUUGUGGACGGUGCAUACAGCUGCUGCGGGACUUCGUGGCCUUUGUUCAGAGGAUGUCCUCCAACUUGGUGCAAGGCAUCAAGGAAUGCUUAACUCUGAUAAGCAAAUGUUCCUGCUUAAAACAAAACAGCUCGAAAGCCAGACAGCUGUACAAGCCCAUCCUGCAGCCUCAUGAGAGAGUGACAGCACAGGAGUUUCUGCAGCAUAUUGAAACAGGUUUUGAAAUGUCACCACUUGGAAAGGACCCUCUGGAAGCCUUGAGGACCUUAGCCUUUUCAGAAAACCCAGGUUUACAGCAGUCUGCUGCCCUCUAUUACUUGCAUAUGAGUCAGCACAUAAAUGUGCCCCUACCUGUGGAGCAUCUGGAACCCUUCUAUGCCUUACUGCGAUCUGCUGACCUGGAGGUGCAACAGAUGUCUUCCUUGUCCCUUGUCAACUUCUUGCUGGAAGGAAAUAUUGACAAGGAAUUAGUUGUCCAAAUGGGUUUACUUGAGCCAAUUCUGGAUCUGCUUGAGUCGGAGGAUCCCACUGUCCAGUGUAAUUCUUGUGCCUGCACCAUGAUUUUGGCUGUUUCAGAGUCCAACCGAGAGGCAAUUGGCGCUGCUCGAGGAGUUACACCCCUACUGUCUCUUGCCAAUUCCUACGAUCCUAGAGUCCAACAAAAUGCAGUUGGUGCUAUUCUCAACCUCACACAAUCAGAGAAAAUCCAACAUGUCCUAUGCAAGGAAGGAGCCCUACCAGUUCUUACCUUGCUGCUGGAAUCUCCUGACUCAGAAGUGCAGUAUUACAGCUGUGCUACCUUAAGCAACAUGGCAGCCAAUGUUCAGCACCAUGAAGCCAUGCUGAGACCUGGCAACAGAUUCCUGCUGCGGACACUCAUAUCUCUCCUAUCCUCUUCCGUGGACAAGGUUUCAAGCCAGGCAUGUGUUUGCCUAAGAAAUUUGGCUACCAGUGCGGACAUCCAGGCUGAGAUGGUUGCUGAGGACGUCCUGCCCAAGCUGUGCUCUCUCCUGGCAUCUGGCAGCGAGGAUGUGCGUCACGCCUCCAUUGCUCUGCUCUGGAUACUGUCCCAGCACCCGCACAACCAGGACACUCUGGCAUGUGUCAAGCUGCUACAGAGCCUGGGAAUGCUACUGUCAGCUCAUAAAACAGACCCUGUGAUUGUUGGCCAUACUGCUUGUAUCAUCAAAAACCUGAGCCUUUCCAAAAACAGACAGAGAAUCAUUGAAAGCCCAUGUGUUGAAGGUCUCCUCCAGACCAUGCUUUCUACCGACGCUCAAGAAGACUCUCUUCAUUAUGUGACAUCUUGCCUUGCUGAACUAGCAAAGCAAGAAGGAGCCACGUUAUGCAUGGUCCAAUGGAUGGAUGAACCCUUGACAAAGUGCUUGGUGAGACUGGCUGGCCAAGUGGAACAUACUGAGCCAUCCUUUCAAGCUGCCUCCAUCAUCCAGCACAUGAUAGGUCAUGAAAAAAUGAUGCCUUUGUUGAAGAGUCACACCAGAGAAAUUCAGGCCUACCUCGAGAAUUUUCUUACUCACCAAGAGAUUCGCUUUCAGCAGCUGGGCAUCUCUACAUUCUGCAGACUGCGAGAAGAUCCAGAAUUUUCAUUAGCAUUCAGAAAAAGCCAAAUGGCCAAACUCCUUGAGCAAGUCCGUCAACAAACAGAAGAAACUCAAGAGCUCCUUAGGGCAGCUAUUUGCCACGAAGACUGUUAAUAUUUAAGCUGCAUGGCUUAUGAAAACUUACCAGAUCCAAGAGCCUGAACUUUCAGAGAAGCCAAUUCUUUCCAUUGGUUUCUGUAGUUAAAGUUUUCCUGCUAGUUACAGUUUCAUCAUACAAAAGAGAUGUUCCAAUAACAAGAAUCGGAGCAGGUCAAAAAACAAUCCCUUGAACACUUUGGCUGACUGCUUAAGUGUGCUUGAGGACUACAGCUACCUUCCUCCCAACUGUUUGGAAAACAUCUGUUAUGCUUGGGUAAUCUUUCAUGGUUUGUUUUUAGUUUCCUCACCUCCCCCUCCAAAAAACUAGGGCUGUGUUCAUGAGGUUUUAUUCACGUAACAGGCUGAUUCUACUGAAGAGGCAUCUCUCAAGCACACAGGUUCCUCUGCAUUCAUCUUUAUUUUAUUUCUGUUCCAUGUCCCUUAUUUCAGAGCACACUCCAGGAACGUGACUUUAGAAAAUAACUGAAUUAACACAUACUAUAAAGGUAGCAAACUACUAACAGGUUACUACAGGAAGUAACUGCUGAGGGACAACUCAGAGAAAAUGCAAGAAAUUUGUAAGAAACAAGAGUAGGGCAAGCCUUAAGGCUGGUCCUUGCAUACGCUGUAGGCACUACACACCAGCAGAAAAGCAAAGACACACUGAGGCAGGUAAAUGUUGGAUAGAGCGUGUUCAGAAUAUAGCAGCUACUGUGAAAGAUCUGGGUGAGAUGUGUUUGAAUACAGAAAUCUCUGUUUUGCAAAUGGUAAAUUAUUUCCAAAGGUACUUGCAACAGGGCGAAAGUGAACAAAGCUGGCAAAAUUAGGAAUUGAUUUUAAAUUUUGAUAUUGAUAUUUCAUUUUAAAAGGACUUAAAGAACAAAAAAAGUAGUAGGUUUAAAUUCAACUCAUUUUCUUGCAUGUAUACAGGAUACUGAACAACCUCCCCUCCCCUCUCCUCCAGAGGCAGAGUCUGUCUCACAGACCUUUUAGCAAAUCAAAACAGUAUUUUUCAGGAAAAAAUUGUAGCACAGAGCCUUGAAAGUAUGGGGCACUAGUUUUUUAAUGUAGGUUUUAAUUUGUAAGAGAAUAGUAAUCUAAUAAUAAUAAUAAUCAUCAUCAUCUAUUAGUAAUCCAAUUACACCUUUGAUCAAUACACUUGCUUUUAAAUACGAGAAUCUGGCUGGAGCUUCAUGUUGAACUGGCUGGAAUACUGAAAUUUUGGAACCACUCUUCUGGGAAACAUCUGCUCCCAAGUAGCAGAGUUUCUUACAAAAACACGUCAGAAGAGCUUCCUGUGUUUUGAGGUACUUCUGACCAUGGUAUAACUUGUACAUGCAUGUAGAGCUUUAGAGAAAUUAAAAAAAAAAAAAAAAAUUAUUCUGUUAUAACUAAGAGUUCAACAUUGCAUUUUACUGUGGCCCAAAUCUCUAAGGUUAGUUUUGGUGCUUGGGAGCGGCAUUUCUGCUAAUGAUUCCUUUUAAUAACUGCAAGUUCUCUCCAAUAGUACUGUUUUAAAAAAGUCCAACCAAAACCAAACUCAAAAGCCUCUCUGCAGUGCAGUAAAAAGGCCUGUUAAAGAACAGGGCAGAUAGAGACUUCAGAUAAAGCAGUUCUAAAGCAUUUUCAAUAUUCAUGUGUGACAGAAAUUUUCUUUUGAAAUCUCAUGUGAAAGACCCAUGUGCUCAGCUGUGGGCAGUUGGGCUUAUUAAAACAGAGGACUACAAAGAGCUGAAUGACACAGCUAGGAACAAAACCAGAAAAUCUCAAACUUCAGGCCACCUCCUUGGGUGACUUUAGAUCAUUUCCCAAAAAGAAAAUCAGUGCAAUAUUAAGCAAUGGCAUUAGAGUCUGUCUGUUUUUCUUAGGUAUUUAAUUGCAAACAAUACUUUAAGGUCCUAGCAAGAAGGAAAACAACAAAGCGUUCUUCAUCAGGAAUGAGGAGAUGAGACAAGCAAAGCUAAUGGUGAACAGCCCAGUAGUUGUGAAUGUACUGAACUAAACUCACUGAAUGUCAUCCCUGUAAGCAUUUACGUUGUGCUGUUAAGACAUAAGCAAGGAGCUGAGUCUUUCCAAAGCACAGUCUAGCUGCUGUGAAAGGUUACUACUCCGUAACUUCAGAGUAGCCAUCUGUGGCUUCUACAGUUGCUAGCUCUACCUCACCGAGUAGUUAAGUGUUGCCUCUGACAGGACAAACAACAAAAACCAUUGCAAUAGCAGGCAAAGGACCUGGCCUUCAUUCGAUACUGUAUUUUAUUACCAAGAACAUUCAACAGAAAAACUAUUUUCCCAGGCAUUUAAAGUGGCUUAAACCAAAACUUAAAAUUUCAAUUCAUUUUUUUUAGUAGUUUUUUUUUUUUUAUUCAUACACCUAAUUCUACUCCCAGUUCCUCAGCUUUUAGUUCGUAUGUGGGGCCCUUGAAAUGGAGGAAAAUUUCUCUCUCAUUUGAAGCAAACCUGUAAUGAAUACAGUUAUAAAUUUUUACUGCAGUCCAGUUAGGAAAAAAAAAACCAAAACAAAAAACAAAACACCACACAUGAGAAAUGAAGCAGGCUCUUUAUCUCUGUGCUGCAAAGAGUGAAACAAGCGUUCUGAAGUCUCACAAAGCCUGAUCAGCAUAAUUUAAACCUGAGCCUAAAUGAAUCCUCAAACUUAAAACUGAAGCUAAAUCUUACUGGCUAUUUCUUUGCUCUGUUUCUAGCUGUAAGUGACCCUGUACUGAUUUUCUAGUGAAGAGAUUAAAGGAAACCUGAAGAAAAGUUUUAAACAGACCAGGAGUAGCAAGAAGAGUUUUCCAUCACAGAUUGACUCCUGUUUCAAGUAUGCAAGAAAAAUGAAAAUAUAAAUAGAAGUAAAUAUUUCAAACAAGUUUUAUUUGGUACUUACAUGCUAUAUAUAGGUUUAAAGAAAAGCUACAUAUUUUGGACACUAUUGUGGCUGUGUACAUGGAAAACUAAAGAAAGCAAGAAAGGAACCCAAUUUAUUUUACUGUGUCACAAGCUGCUAUUGAAAGCAUUCUCACUGAAUGGCUGUUUUUUCCCUUCCAUAUACAUUCUGGCAGAUGAAGUCUCUUUUCCAUUGCAUUUCCAUUGCAUUUCCAUUGCUUUUAUCCCAUCUCCUGUACAAGAUGAACACUUGGCAGCAGCAGAAACUCACUUCUUCAAAAACACUUCAGCUUUUGUCUCAGAGGAUUUCUUCUGCUAGCAGACUUUCUGCACAGCUUCCUAGAGGCCUAGCUCAGCGCUCACUAAAGGCAAGUGCAGGAAUCUUAAUGGUACAUUCUCUGGUAGCAUGAAGUGAAACCCCAUAAGCCUCCGUUUCCACUAGCCAAGGAUCUGCUCACCAACUUCAGUGAGCAAUGCAUCAAGCCCUGGUUGGUGCUUCAAACUCAAAUACCUAGAGUGAGCCCUGCCUGUAACAGCAUUGUUUAUCAAAGCACAAAAAGGUGCAAGAUUUUACAGUUCUGUCCAAUAGCAACCAAAAGUGAGGGAUGGAACAAUGACAGUAGAAAUCGGCAUCAAACUAAAGAGAAAGCAACCUGCAUUGCUCCUCUUAUCACUCAAACUGCACUGCUUUAUAAAAACCACACACUACAUAAAAAACACAAACAAUGACUGUUUUCCAUUUGCUCUGAAACGAGCAAAACCAAGAAAUCCCUAGACCUGCUUCAUCAUCCAAAAAUCAAAUAUCUCAGGUUUCACACAGUCUUCAAUAGUCUGAUAAGGCAAAGUCUUCCAUGACUGGGAAAAGCAGCAAUUUACAGGACUCAGAACAAGGUACUUCCUUGUGUGUGUGUGCACGUGUGUGCGUGCAUAUGCGUACACAUCUUUUAUAGUAUUGUGAACGUGGAUGUAACUAAAAAAAAUCAAGUUUGCAAUAUCGUUUUACCACAUUUUUCUAAUUUAUUCAAUUAAACGAUUUAUUUCUGUACUGAACAAAAUUCAUAAAUACAUCAUCUAGGAGAACAAUAGGUUUUCCUCUUGUCCAUGAAAAAAUAAUGCUUUCAAAUUUUCACAUUUUAAAACCUGCCUUAUUUUGUGUUUUUAGAGAAAAUGCGAGAAGAUCAUAGUGACGUCUCAAUUUACAGAAUGUCCCUGUAGGAAUUACAUUUACAAGAACCUGAUACAGAAGCCUAUACUUUGCCCCCAUAAUUAGAGUUCUCUGCAAUAAUAUUUAAACCAACAGGUUUAAAUAAAACACCCCAUUAACUCUACUUGUAGAGCAAUGAGGUAUUUAUUUUUCAAGUAUUAGAACCACAAAGUGUAAAAGAUUCUUUGCCAAUUUUACAAUUAUGCCUUUUAAACCAACACCCACCUUUUUAGAAAAAGAAUCAGUCCCACCACCCAAAUCAGCCCAUUGCUUUCAGAUUCCAGUGUCUUGUGUCUUAAGGAAUGCAGAAAUAUCCAUUUACUAACAGAAAAAGCUUGUUGGAAAAAGCCAUAUUAAGUAAUGCAUGUGAAGCAUGAUUUUUCUAGUGAUGAAAGCUAUUAGAAAGGUGAUCCAAGUCUAUUCCCAUCAUUUCUUCUGCUGGUUUUACUAAAGUCCUUCCAAAAAAGAUAUUCAAUAAAUCUUUAAAAAACUGGAGAGAAAAAA